AUGAUAACCUCCAACUCGUCCUCUCACAAUCUGGCCGGAGGAAUGAAUGGGGGACGCGAACUGUCGAAUGACAUUUAUAUCGAUUAUAACUACGAUGACGAGGCGAAUCAAAAUGGGGGUAUGAACGAUAACGGGGAUCCUGCUAAUCCGAAUAGCAAUGAAUUCGAUAUUCCUGGAUUCGAUUUCACCCUUUCAAGAGGAUCGAAACAGCCACAACAUAUAAUCGGGCAGAAGGAUAAUGGAUUUGACAUUAUGAAUGUGGAUGAUCAAGAUCCCCUGAUAUCCGGACAUGGCGUUAAUGGCCCUACGGACGUCGACCAGAUGAUGGAUUAUUUGGAAUUCGGAGAAGGAACAUAUUCGGGUUCAUCUUCGUCGCUAUCGCCAUCUUUAAGUGGAGACAAAGGUGGCUCUAGUCUUAGCCAAUACGUCGGUGUUGGUGGUAAAGGAGCAGACUCGAAACCAGGAGACAGUUUGUUUGCAGGAAUUUCUGGCAAUUCAAGGAACACUAUUCUGUCGGGAGUAACGGAUGGUGCUUCACCAAAUAUGAUGAAUGAAAUGAAAAUUGGUAUGCCUUCUGGCAUGCCUUCAGAUAUGUCGUCGGGCAUGACACAAGGCAUGCCAAUAGGUGUUUCCAGCAAGGCUUCGAUGAACAUUCCACAUAACUUGUCAGAUGUUCAAAUAAGUGGCGCAUUUUUGGGAACCAGUUCGAGUCAGAGUAUGUCCCUAGUUAACUCACCGAGUCCUACGUCCCUCUCAUCGUCUGUUAAGAGAGAGGACUCUUCAAAGCAAAAUAUAGGUAAAUCGACAGGCACCUCUUUCUCGUCACAGGCUUACAGUGAAUCUUAUCGAGAUGCUCAAGUGUUAAUUUCAAAAAUGAUAUUUGGAAGACAAUCUGCCAGUGUCGAGGAUGAAAUAGUUUCUGCAUCUACAACAACUGAGCCUAUCUCAGAAAUUCUUGCUUAUCCUGAAAGAUGCGAAACAUACAAAUAUCGAAUGCAUGUUGUUGACAUACCAUCUCGAUCCCGUGUGGAAACUCAAAUCAAAUGUAGACUUAUCUUCUCACCGACUCCUGAUGAACACCUUCUGCAUCUUCCAGCCGAUACAAUGGCUCGGCCGAGAUUCCAACUGAAGGACAAAUUUGUAUCACAUCCCAAUACGUUGAGUCUGGAAGUGGACGUCGUGGCUCAAAACCUUCCUGAUAAGCCCCUGUAUAUGUGCUCAAAGUGUAUAAGUCGUGAGAUGAAACGCGCUUUUCGAAAAAAGAGUCUUGAUCCAAAUGAGGAGUACCACUGGAAUCCUGACCGAAGAAGACGAAUUGUGAUUUUCAACUGUCGUGAGGUGGUGGCUUUUCCAUUACCACUAGAGUGUGACUUGGGUAACGGACAGACUGUAAAGGGAAAAGAAAUCGUUUUACCAUUAAGACUGGGAUGUUAUUGCCGACACCAUGGUGCCAAACCGGGAUACAAGUGA